AUUGGCAGUGCUGUCGAAUUUAUGAAAUAUUGCUGUCUCGCUUCAUUGGCAAAAGCUAUCUCAUUCUUACAAUUUACAAUUUGUUAUUUACAUAAAGUAAUAAUAAUAAAUUGAAAAUAAAAAUAAUUUUUAAUCGACAAUCUUAAAAUUAACAGUUUUUGUCGAAAAAUGGCUGCCCUUGUCGUACAAUCCCGCUUUGCCGGUCUCAAAAUAGAAGAUGACGAUCAUCCCACUAUUGAUAAUCAAAAGUCCAAGAAGACUAAAACGAAUUCAGUUAAAAAAUUAGAGACUCCCAAGAAACCUAAGAGCAUGAAUAUCAAAAACCAGACGGUACCAAGCAAGAAGCGCAAGAAUAAGCCUGUGGAAGCCACAACUGAACAAUGGGAGAUGUGGAAGCAAAAGGAUGAAGAGAUUGUUGAUGGCAACUUCGAAACACAACUUCAAGAGGCAAUUCUCCUAUCUAAGCUCGAUUAUGAAGAGAAAAAAGAUGUAUACAAGCAGUUCAAGAAAGAAGCUGACUUAGAAAAAAAGUCGGAAGAUCAAUCUCGACCAGGCAAUAGGAAACAGAAAAAGAAAAAUGUUAUGAGUCUAGAACAGUUUAAUGAGAUGGUGACUAAUGCUGAUGAACCAAACUUUAUGAACGUCACUACUAAGAGUCCACUGGAAGAUCAGAAACUCAUCGAUAAAGAUACUAAGUUUUUCGAUAGAGUCGAAGAUGAUACAAAGAAUGAACUGUUAAAAGACAAAAUCAUAGCAAGGGUCCGGCAUCAGACUGUGCCUGACGAGGUCAUCACACGAAUACAGUUUGCCGAAGCAUUGGAGAGAAAAGAUAAAGAAAUAUUGACUUUAACCCAGGAGGUAAAGAGUUUGAAAGCAGAGCUCCUAACAGUCAAAUCGCGAAAUAAAAAGCUAUGUAAUAUACUCGGCCAGGGUGAGAUGAAAGAUAAGGCAGAAAUUUUGGUCGAGGUGGAGAGACUACGAGCUGUCCAGUCGGAAUUAACAUCAGAACUUGCUUCUCUCCAUACUGAUUUGGAGAAGGAACGGUCUAAGAAUGCAGAUCCACGGGCUAAAGAUAAGAAGAAAAGAGGGGCGAAUGGGGACAAGGACAAAUAGCCGUUAAAGCUGUUCGGUCCGUUCGAAGCCUAGACGUUAUAUGGUACUAUACAUUCGUUAGCUCUCUAAGUGUCUAUACUUAUUUAAAUGGUCAAUUUUAUAUUGAUUAAGUACGUGUUUUUCGUUUAAUCAUCCUAAGAACAAAAUAUGCUACGAAGGGCUGCUUCAGUGGGAGAUAUUGCGAUACUUUCGUUUUUUUUAUUUAUAUAAAUUUAAUUUGUUGACUAUUAUUAGAAUUUUAUUACUUCUUAAAUGUCGAGUCCUCAAAUACAAUCCGAAGUUUUCUCUGUCGCGUGUCGAGCACUUCCGCCAUCCGUAGGCGAGUAGGAGAACCUUCGUCAAGAUCUUUUCGAUGUGGUAGAUGUAUUCCGUGAGAGCCGCUCUUGGCGGCUCGACCUUAACGAUACUUGUCGUCUGUAAGCCAUUAGUUUGUAAUUUGUGUAAAAUUCGACACAACUGACAUUCCUCAAUGUGUACCGUGCUGUGCUGUGCUGUGCUGUGCUGUGCUGUGCCGUGCCGUACUGUACUGUAAGCAUUCAAGUUGUGAUUCCGACUUUCUAUAGAUCUCUGUACUUGCUCUGUGAUUUUGUAACUUGUAUUUUUUUAUAUUACUUUAUAUUGAUAAUUAUAGAUGUCACAAUGUUUUUAGUUAUAAAUAAACUAAAAUUAAAAGCUAUGAUUGUAUAA